CUCCAACUUUGAUAUAUUACAAUUGAUCAAGUAACCAUAGAAAAGGAUACACGCAACGCGUACGAUCCUUCCAUUUGCAUCCAUGCAUACACACAAGUGGAUGCGCAAAAUGUGAGUGUUUAUGCACAUACGCACAUUAAUUCUUGGCUUUGUGUCAUGUGUUUGCCAUUCGAUAAGUCUACAAACAGAAACAUAACGUUAACCUCUUCCUCAUAAUCAUUUCGUUCACGAAUACUUGUUGCUAAUCCCAUUAUAAAAGUGUCCACGGGAGACCGGUCCUUGCUCCAUUCGAACUUGAUUAUCUCACAACUUGGUCUUCAAAACACUCGAGAACAUGGCACCCUGGCUGCUGCCCCAAGUGUCUGCCUGUUUGAAAAAAUAUAUAUAUUACAAUGAAAGAUUACCCAAAAGUGCAACAUAUUGCAGAAUCAUGUUACCAAGAUACGCCCCAGGAGAUAGCCUGAAACAAACAGAUAAUGGCUUUACAGGACUCUUUCUUUUUUCACCCCACAAACCAUCAAGGGAGAUUGAGAAAAAGAGAGAUGAGAGGGAAAAUGUCGAAUCAUCUAUCUUGGGUGGAUCCAUGGGAGAUUCCAUGGAUAACCCUAUGAGCUUCUCGAAGGCAAGGCAUGGAGGCACAGGUGCCCAUGGCGACGUCGUUGUGGUGAGCAAGACUAGAACUUUUGAAAGGGACCGCGCGCAGGGGUGCCAACCGAAGUAUCAAAAACCAUAA